UUGGCGUUUAGUGCCGGUGUGUCAGUGUGUAGUGUAGUUUAUGAUGUCCUGUAUUAUAAAUAGCUGAGAUUAUACUCGGGUUUAAAUCUGAUAGGAGUCUAAAGACGGAAUGUGAAAGCGGUUCGAGCUGAUUUCUCGCAGUGGACUGUGGUUAAAAGCGGACAGCAUCCUGUCUGUGCUGUAGUUCAGAUGAACAGGAGGAGGACUGAACGACACACAUACUCUCUCUCUCUCACACACACAUACACACACACACACUCCGGCAGUAUACCCUUCACACUGAACUCUCUUCGUUAAUCUAAACGUUUCUCACGAGGAUUAUCUUUAAACUUUUUCGCCCAUUUUCUCCCCCACGCGGAUUUUCCGUUUCAGUGCAGUGAGUGGAUCUAAAUCUUACCCACUAGUUCACUGCGCUGCUUUUAAAAACUACAGUUUGUUCUCCGACUUUGGUGAGUUAGCGUUUUUUUCCCCUUUUCACCAUGAUGGACACAAUGCGAGUUUUAAAGUGAUUUCUUCACUCAGAGCGCUUAAAUCCAUUUUAGAAACUUUUUUCUGACUUUGGUCAACUUUGGUUAAAUCAGUGAACAUGGAUAAAUACGAAGAUUUAGGGCUCGAAGCGAGCAAAUUCAUCGAAGACCUGAACAUGUACGAGGCGUCCAGGGACGGACUGUUCCGCAUGAAGAGGGACGCAGGAAAUAACCCGGACUUCGAGGAAACCAGGAGAGUGUUCGCGUCCAAAAUGACCAAAAUCCACAUGCAAAAGCAACAAGAAGAGAUGGCGAGGAACAACCUGGCAGAAAGGCUGAACGGUGGACACGUCAAAGUAGCAGAUGGCACGUUUUACACCAAAGACAGACCACCUAUCAGUAGACAUGAAGCUGCUUCUAAACCACCCAUUCUCUCAGGACCGAGCACAUGCUAUGAAGGACACAAACAUCAUCCACCCAGUCCACAUGAUGCCAGGGUGUUUAGCUAUGGAAGCAAUCAUGACAAAGAUUCUCUGUCACGCUUAUACCAUAAUCCUUCUGUGGAACCUAAAAACUCGUAUCCUCAAACUAUGCCACUUCCUACCAGUCCUUCUGGCACUUUGGCAUCUAAGAACAAUCCUCAUUAUCAGGCAUCAUCAUCUUUAUCCACCCUUGACAUGAUACCUGGAUCUAACAUGUUGAACCAUGGAGCACCUCGUCAGAGCUCACCAUGCCAAACACCCACUGGAAAGUCUGACUGGUUCCCACCAUCACCCACCACUGGUGCUCAAGGAGAACCAGACUCGCAUCACAAGUCUUCUCCUUAUGUGAGCCCUACUCAUCACUCUGAACUCAACGUGCCUCAGAAACCCUAUGGAGACCCAAACCAUAAUGGGGUUCCUCAAAGCAUUGGGAUGUGCCCUGCCAUUCAGCUGUCCCCGUUAACCCAAAGCCAACCAGAAGCACACCAGCCUAAAGGUCAUGUGCAGGGUGAAACCCGAGGCCAUAGCAUUCCGACUGUUUCUGACAACUUGGCGAACUAUCCUGCAGAGCCGGCUCGGAGUGAUGCCCACAGCCCCCCUCAGGCGCACAAACUGCCCUGCCAUACUCUCCAUAUACAGCCCGAGCCUGGACCAUCUGCAGCUGAAAUAAAAUUAGAAGCUCUAACUGAACGUCUGGAAAAGGAGAUGGAUACCCAGCCUAAGCCUGACUACUUCGGCAGUUGUGUGAAAUGCAAUAAGGCUGUGUAUGGAGCCAGUCAAGCAUGCCAGGCCAUGGGCAGCCUCUACCAUGACAGCUGCUUCACCUGCAGUGCCUGCAGUCGGAAGCUCAGAGGAAAGGCGUUUUACUAUGUCUCUGGGAAGGUGUUUUGUGAAGAGGAUUUUCUGGUAAGCCAUAAGUACUCAGGCUUUCAGCAGUCAGCUGACAAAUGCAGUGUAUGUGGUCACUUGAUCAUGGACAUGAUUCUGCAGGCACUGGGCAAGUCGUACCAUCCAGGCUGCUUCCGCUGUGUCAUCUGUAACGAGAGCCUGGAUGGAGUCCCUUUUACUGUGGACACAGAGAACAAGAUCUACUGUGUCAAAGACUACCACAGGGUUCUUGCUCCUAAAUGUGCAGCAUGCGGUCAGCCAAUCCUUCCCCCUGAGGGGUCUGAUGAAACUAUUCGUGUGGUGUCCAUGGAUAAAGACUAUCAUGUAGAGUGCUACCACUGUGAGGAAUGUCAGAUGGAGUUAAAUGAUGAAGAAGGACAUCGCUGUUACCCCUUAGAUGGUCGUCUGCUGUGCCACACAUGCCACCUCAAGCACAUCGAGUCAAGCUGCCUGUCUGUCGAAUGAGAGGAGUCAGAGCUGGAUAUCUGCUGCCCCUUGUGGCUGGCAGGAGACAGUGACACCAAGCGCCCACUUUUGAUUUCAACGUUGCAGUUGUAGAAUUAAAGAAUGAACCUCACAUUACCUCCUGACCACAGCUCCUUUUAUGUCCGUAUUGUUAUAACCUAAUUAUUAUAUUUUACUAUUUUAAGAGCUGCGCCUAAAUUGUCUUUGCAAUAUACUUAUUUAUAUUUUCACUCUAAUUGAGCCUAUGUUGUGUUUAUGACCAGAAUUAUGCAGGCUGGUUAGUCAUGAUGACCAAGAUAAAAACUAAACUGGCAUAGACCAUCAAAUUGUAGCACUCUGUGUGAUAGGUUCAGUCCUCCAUAGUAAUUAAAUUAAUCAUGAAUUAUUGUGUAGUGACUUAGUCAUUUACAUCUGUUAUUUAUCUUAACAAGCUUGUUACACAAAGUUAUCAUAUGAUGGUAAUUUGUUUAUGUCUAAGAGAAUCGCAAAAUAUGUUAUCUCUUAUUCAAAUACAUAAUUAAAAAGUCUCUCUUUCCUGCAAUUAGGUUUUGUGCCAUUUUAUAAAUAAAUGAUUCUAAAUAUUUCAUUAAUAUUUUAUUCUAGUUACUGAAAGUACAAAGCGUAUAAAAGUUUUAUACACUGCCUGGACAAAAACAAUGCCAUUUGGAUUUUAAUAAAUAAUUCUAUGACUUUAAAUACUUAAGAGCCGUUGAUUGGAUAAUUACUGCAGUGAUUAAUAUGUUUUAGCUGGCAACAUUUUUUUUUUUUACAUCUUUUAAUAUUAAAAAGAUGUUACUGUGUUGAAUAAGGGGCAAAUUACUGGCUUGUAUCCAACCAACAAAACAACUAAGGAGAUUACCUGCAAAUUGGUUUUAAGAACUGUCCAACUCAUUAUUAAAACCUGGAUGUGGUACCUUUCAA